AGCUGUUUCUGUUCGCGCUGCUAAAACUCUGCGCAAGCGGGUAUCCACGAUUUACAUUCAAGACAGUGAUGCAAACAAGCCCGCUGGAAAAUAAAGGUAUUUUUGUGUGGCUGUCUUGCGGACAUAAAGACCCCUGUCUUUCUUCUCCCACUAUGCGGAGGCUCGUCGACACCCACGCAGCCCACUGAGGUCGUGUAUAAGGGCUGUUUUAUGGACGGUGGGACCGGGGAGAGGCUGUGAGGCUGGACAGUCCGGGGCAUCAGCUGAGCUGGAGGGAGCAGCGUUAGCAAGCUAGCCUUCGUGACAGACCGCGGUCGUAACGGGAACAGUGACUUCUCAACGAGCCGCUGCCUCACUUCGCUCAUCAUGGCCACGAAUGGGAACAAUUUAACGCCGGGAAUGGGAGAGAUCAUCCAGCUAAACGUCGGCGGGACGAGGUUCAGCACCUCCAGACAGACUCUGAUGUGGAUCCCAGACUCUUUCUUCUCAAGUUUACUGAGUGGAAGGAUAUCCACUCUUCGGGAUGAAACUGGAGCUAUAUUUAUUGACAGAGACCCUACAGCUUUUGCCCCGAUUCUGAAUUUCCUUCGAACCAAAGAACUGGAUCUGCGAGGGGUCAACAUCAGUGUCCUGCGACAUGAAGCAGAGUUCUAUGGGAUUACUCCUCUAGUACGGCGCCUGCUGCUGUGUGAGGAACUGGACCGCUCAUCAUGUGGUAGCGUUCUCUUCCAUGGUUACCUCCCACCCCCAGCCAUCCCUGCCCGUAAGUCCAGCCCUCCCUCUGCCGCCUCUGGCUCUGUCUCGGAUGAGCGGCCGGGCCCAAGUGGAGCAGAAGGUUUUACCCGCGGUGUUCCCCUUCCUCACCCGUCCUUCUCUGGCUCACCUGGAACAGACGACAACCACAAAUUGGGUCCCAUGGUUGACCCUAGGAAAGUGUUGAUUAUAGCGGGACACCACAACUGGAUUGUAGCAGCUUAUGCACACUUUGUCAUCUGCUACAGGAUAAAGGAAUCAUCGGGAUGGCAGCAGGUGUUUUCCUCGCCCUACCUUGACUGGACCAUUGAACGUAUUGCGCUAAAUGCCAAGGUGGUGGGAGGCCCUCAUGGAGACAAGGACAAGAUGGUAGCUGCAGCCUCUGAAAGCAGCAUCAUUCUCUGGAGUAUCCAAGAUGGAGGCAGUGGGAAUGAGAUAGGUGUGUUCAGUCUCGGUGUACCUGUUGAUGAUCUCUUCUUCAUCGGGAACCAGCUGGUUGCUACGAGUCAUACGGGAAAGGUUGGGGUGUGGAACGCCGUCACUCAACACUGGCAGGUUCAAGAUGUGGUUCCCAUCACCAGCUGUGACACAGCAGGAUCCUUCCUACUGCUGGGCUGCAACAAUGGCUCCAUCUACUACAUAGAUAUGCAAAAGUUUCCACUGAGGAUGAAGGACAAUGAUCUUCUGGUGACUGAGCUUUAUCAUGACCCUUCAAAUGAUGCCAUCACUGCACUGUCUGUCUACCUCACACCUAAAACCAGUGUGAGUGGGAACUGGAUAGAGAUAGCCUAUGGGACGAGCAGUGGUGCAGUGAGAGUGAUCGUACAGCACCCUGAGACCGUGGGAUCAGGCCCUCAGCUCUUUCAGACCUUCACUGUGCACAGGAGCCCAGUCACAAAGAUUAUGCUCUCUGAGAAACAUCUGGUGUCAGUGUGCGCGGACAACAACCAUGUUCGGACGUGGACGGUGACCCGGUUCAGAGGGAUGAUCUCCACACAGCCGGGCUCCACCCCUCUGGCUUCCUUCAAGAUACUGUCCCUGGAGGAGACGGAGAGCCACGGGAGCUACUGCUCUGGAAACGAUAUAGGUCCAUUUGGAGAAAGAGACGAUCAGCAGGUUUUCAUCCAGAAGGUCAUCCCCAUCACCAACAAACUGUUUGUGAGGCUCUCCUCAACUGGGAAAAGGAUCUGUGAGGUUCAGUCGGUGGAUGGGACCACCAUCUCCUGCUUCAUGGUUCGGGAGUGUGAAGGUUCCAGUCGAAUGGGAUCCCGACCGCGACGCUACCUGUUCACCGGUCACGGCAACGGCAGCAUCCAAAUGUGGGACCUGACCACUGCAAUGGACACCGCUAACAAAGGAGAAGAGAGGAAGAAAGAUGAUGUAGGUGGGCCUACAGAGGAGGAGCUGCUGCAGCUGCUGGACCAGUGUGAUCUGAGCACUUCCCGCUGUGCAACACCUAACAUUAGCCCCGCCCCCUCGGUGCUGCACCACACACGCCUACGAGAGUCCUGCUCGAGUCUGCAGUUACAGGUCCAGGAGCCCAUCCCUGAGAGCCAGGCUACCUACGGAGCUGUGCGGCCCUACAGAGAGAGCCCCCUGCUGGCCCGCGCCCGUCGGACUGAGUCCUUCCACAGCUACCGAGACUUCCAGAACUUCAGCCUGAGUCGAGGCGUCCUGGACAGCACAGGCCAGACGUCAGCCCACGGCCCCAGUCAGCCCCCCGAUGCCCGCCGGUCUCUCUGUGACUUUGGGCCUGAAGACAGUGAGAAGAGAGCUUCAGUCAUGGAGCUCUGGGCCUGUCGAACCACCAGCGUCAGCUCUAACGCAAAUGUUGGUGCCAUGAGUGCUGCCGGUGGCUCUGGGGCGAAAGCAGAAAGCGGUCAAGAAUCUCCACGGCAACCUCCAGACAGCCCAGUACCAGGAGGUGACGUUAGGCGAAAGGUGCAUCCUCAGCCAGAAGAGGAGGGUGCUGGAUCAGGGGGAGACGGGGCGAAGGCCGACGGAGGUGUGAGGAAGAGGGGAGUCCUAGAAGGAGGCUUUCUUGGGAGGAAGAGGGCUCCCCCCGUUCCUCACCUCUCCUCCCUCCCCUCUGGAUCUGACGGCGGUGGCAGCGACUCGUCUGCAAAUGCCUCACCGUCUCCAACCAAACUGGCUGCCUCCACCUCGCCGCGACACAGGAAGCUGGCGCCCGAGCCGUCCAGUCAGGACAGCAGCCUGUGAAAGCCUCUUCAUUUGAUCAGUGGAAUUAUCUCGUUGAGGCUUCCUGUAGGCGCACGGAGGAGUUAGAAUACAACAGGAACAGCAAAAUCAACUGCAGGCAACAUCACCUUCCAUUUUUACCCCGUGUUUUUUUUUUUAAAUACAGUUCAGGAUACUUGUUAGUUUCAGAGCUCACACAACACAAGUGCUACCAUGGUUUAAUGAGCCUAACAUGAAGAGUUACAACAUCCCAGCGCUGACAGCGUGACAUCUCAACCAGAGCAGGAAUGCAUUUUUUUGUUUGUUUAUCAAAGAUUUUAUCACUGACUCUGCUGGGUGCAACUGGAGCUCUACCAUCUCAUUCUGGUUUUUUUUUGAUUGUUUGUUUUAGGUUGUCUUAACAGAUUGGUGAUGAUGGAAGCACUUUUAAGUUUCAGGCAUGAGUCAGAUAAGUCCUAAAGAGCUGCUGAAAUUGUUUUCUCUUCCUGUGUCAAUGUUACUAACUCGAGAUGUUAAGGAACACACACUGACUACAAGAAGAGGUCUGUUUGACCUGGUACUUUUAAGUGGCUGUUGUUGCUGCCCGUUUGGUUGAAGCACACGUGUUAAGUUCCAGAUAAAUUUCCUCAACAAACAGAAAGAAAAAUAAGAUGGCAGAGCUGACUGAGGAUUCUACUGUUUAGCUCGUGAGACUCUUAAACUGCUGCAAAAUAGAACUGACAAAGGCACACUGUCAUUCAGAACUUGACCUAAACCAUUUAAACAUACAGAAAAAAUUCAGAUUUAAAUACAUUUUUUAAAAAAAGUGUCUGUAUAUCCUCACACAAAAGUUAAAAAAACAAACUUUUUAGCUGGCAUUCAGUCAGAAUGUCAUAAAAAUAUGAUUGUAUAACGAUAUAAACUAGAAAAAUGCAGCAAAACUUGUAGGAACAACUCAUUUGGUGAUUGAACAAGCUGAUAUUUUCUGCACUGUUUUCAUACAGAUUUGUCGAUUUAAUCAGAGCCUUUCAAAGGCAAGAUGAUCGCAAAUGUUUCUGACAAUAUGUGCAAUUUGCUGUGCAGUGAAUUUUUACUUCAACUGAAACAUGGCGCCUUAGGCAGAAUCUUGUCAGCUACUUGAUUUCCAAAAAUAAUGUGCUGCAGCCAGACACACGGUGUUUGUCAUUGUUAAAGCACUGACACUAAAAGGCAACAGUGGCUGAGUGAUUCUGCAGCUCCAGCGUGUAAUAAGAGCUUCUGGAUUAGUUGAUCGACAGCUCAAUACUAUGCAACAGUGGUGUUAAGAUGCACAACAGAAACUAACACUCUGGUUUCCACAUGACGGCUCACUAAAUGGUGAAAGGCAUUUUACAUGGAUGAUGACCUGCAAAAACACUGAACCCUCACGUGCGCUUACUUUUCACUUCAGAAUUUUACCUAUUAGUUCCAGUCCAAAGGCAUUAUUAAUUUACUCCUACACUAAUUAUAGUUUAACGGCCUCCUUGAUCCUCAGCAAAGGCCCAAAAAUGGGAACUGUUUUGUGACACUGAGUGCAUUUCAGUUUAACAAUUUGAGUUAUUCCAUUAAACAUCUCUAAAUGUGAAUAUGAAAGCUGAUAAUAAGUGGAGCAAAGCUUGAAAAAUUGCAGUCGCACGAACAGUGAGAGCGAAUCUGUUGUCACUGCUUUGUAGUUUUCACAGAGAGGAAUUUUCCUUGAUUUUUUUUUUUUUAAAUAGGAAAAAACUCAUUUGGUACAAGUUUUCCUGUGGGGAAAGCUCACAUUUGUGCUUAAAGCUCUUAGGUAAGAAAAACUGUUUGUGCUCCUGGUUGAAUUUUGUUGUUUUUUUUCUUCACAGUGGUGCCUGUUUGAGAUCUCGCUAAUUAUUUAUUUUUUUAAUUUGAUUUUUUUUUUUCCACUAUCAACAUAAUACUACACUCAGCUUAAUACGAGGACCUACACUACAUCACUUUACUCCAUUUGAAACAGGACUUAAUGUGUAUUGUGUUGUGUUGGAUGACUGUUGCAGUGCCUUAUUUAACUGUUAACUGUGUGUUUGAAUUGACAAAGACGUGACCAAAGGCUUGUGAAGGUGAAGCUCAUUGUGGAGGCCUGUGACGGACCUGUUCACUCUGGCUUUGGCUACAAUUGUGAUAUGUUAGAUUUAUAACAGGCCAAAUCAGAUUAUAUGAGUGGCAUUACAUAUUGAAUCACCUGUUGUAAAUAUCCUGUAGCUUGCCUUUGUAGUUUGAGGUGAACCAGCUUCACUCUCUCUUCUAAGCAUAUCGUGGUGAAAUAUGAUCGUAUACUGGAAAGAAAAACAAUGCACCUUAGUUAAGACAGUUUUGUGAAGGCCUAGAAUGACAACCUUAAAUAGCAUUGUUGUUUUCUGAGCUAAACCAACUCGAUCCUCUGGAAUACCCACUGACAGUUGGUCUGGCCUGGCUCAUGAUCUCUGGUACUUUGUUAUAACUAUUGUGGAGACAACUGAACAAACUGGUGAUGGUAAAGAAAGAAAAAGAAAGAAAAAAGGAAUGAAAUGUUAAUUCUAAUUUGCCAAAUCCAGGAGCUGUGUAACAUCUUUCAUUGCUUAUUAUCUCUGUAUAAAAUACAGCAGACCACGUGGUCCCUGCUUGUACAAAGAUGUAAAUUUUGAUACACUAACUGUACAGAAAGUACACAAAUGUACUCAAAACAAAAUCCUAAACUGGAUGCAUUGAUGUGUGUAAUGGUGUGUUCAUAUAAGGCCUAUACUCAUAUUAACAUGCUAUUGGACCUAACUGCACUUGCACUAUGAAGACUUAAUAGUAUAGUAACUUGCUAGUUUUUAUUUUAUAUAUAAAAAAUAUACAGUUUAAAGUGUAUUUCAGCACAUAGUUGUUUGUCUGUUAUCUGUCGUCUCUCAAUCCCUCUCUGGCUAUGUUUACAUUAUAUUACAGCCAGAUGCUAAUGAGCUAAAAUAAAUACAUAUCUGUUUAUGUAAACCGCCCUGGAUGUCAUUGUUUUACAUUGAAAUGCUGCAUUGUGUUGUAAUAUUGUUUAAAGUUGCCUUCACUAUUCAUCAAAUACAAAGUUGACACAACUACAAUAACUGUACUCAUCUCAACAUCUGAACUUGUUCAUUCUUAAACCGGCAGUGUUUAUUUAAUUUUUUUUUUUUACAUGUUUCUCAACCUGCAGAAUAUUCAGCUAUUUUUACAAUUUACAUAUUUUUUUAAAUAUACAAAACCUUUUCUGUGCGUAUUUUCACAUAUUGUAUUCAACAUUAUUACGUUGCUCUUCAAACACUCACUUGGCCUCAGUUUUCUGACCACAGAAUGGAUUAAAUGUAACACAAUUCCAAUUUAAGGGGGAUUUGAGAUACUUAAAAUGUAUGAAGUGAGUAUUUUGGAUGACAAGAUGCAUUCAAACAAAACGUCAGUGCUCAUUUAUUUGUUUUAUGGCAGUAAAGGCAGUUUUCACCUUUAAAACUAGACUUAGUAAGAAAAAAGCAGGCUAAAGAAACUCUGUCAGUCACUGCUGAGUUUGUAGUGAGAGGUUUGUACGGAUAUCUUACGGUAGUGAACGAUUUUUGUUUUAACACCACAGAGGUGUGUGUGUGUGUGUGUGUGUGUCUCCCCAGCGCUUUCAUUUCACUAACCUUCCUGUUCAGACAGUCUCCUCUCUGAGACGGCGUCUGUCGUCAUUGUGAUUUAUGAGUUUAAUAAAACGCUGUGUGUGUGUGUGUGUGUGUGUGUGUGUGUGUGUGUGUGUGUAGCUCAGGGCCAUACUGUCCCUUACAAUCACUCCACAAGCUCUCUUUUCACAGCCUCUCCCUCCCUCCGUGGCUGACAAUAGCUGUGAAUGUGGCUGUGAAUGUUUUAGAAGUGCCCUUGUCAGAUUGGUGUCCUUGAGCGAGGGCACGGUUGUUACUGCCAGUUUGUUAAUUUCAAACUUGCCUUGAUGUCCCCUUGAGGGACGCGGGAGCAAAACUAAAUUACUGCUGCAUAGUUUUGAUGGAGACACCGGGCCUCUGUGUGUUUGUGCUGCUGUGUGUGACUGUGUGUGGUAACUAAGCCUCUGUACAGCUGGUGGCACGUCUGUGUUGUACUAACUCAGCAGAAAAGAGAAAUCCUAAAUCGACAUCUCGGCUAGACGACCACCACAAGUCGUGAGUCAGUGUAAGGAACACACGGAGAUAGAAAACUUCAUUUAUGAUGUGUGUAAACAGCAGCUGAGACAUGUCUUACAUUGCUUAACUGCAUUUACUAAAGUUUGCUAAGCUAAAUAUCCAAGUAUAUUCCUUAUUCAUGCACACACACUCAACCGUGUGUGCAAACUAUUAUGUUUUCAUUCUUGUAUUUCUGCAUAUUUAAAUGAAUAUUUCAACAGAGGAACAAUAUUGCCUUCAUCAUGGAACAAAUAUUCAUUUAUCAUUAGUAGAGUUUUUGCCCUGUUUUUUCAUUGUAACACUUGCAGGUUGUCAUGGAUUCAUAUUUUGUCUUUCUGGGCUUGAACAUCAAAGUGGUACAUUUGUGUGUCUUUUAUUUUCAGUUGCUGCUUUCAAAUGCUGACAGCUCAGUUAACAAUGGAGUAAAAAAACUUAAACUGCUACAA